GGGCAUCCAACAUCACGAAGCGAAUCGGCUUCAGGAGUCCGCGCGGUAUUUCGAGAUGAGUGCGAAGGAGCAAGGCGGAUGCGGCGUGGGUAUGCUGAUGUGGGGAUUAACUCUGAGAUCCGGUUGGGGGGUGAAGAAGGACGAGAAGAAGGCCUUUAAGUGGAUAAAGAGGGCGGCUGAGAGCGCCGUAGGUGAUCUAGAGAGUACCCGAGGAGGCAUGGAAGCAACGGCCGUGAAGUCAGAGCUGAUCCUAGCGAUCUAUGAAGUAGCGCAGUGUUUUUUUCAUGGUUGGGGCGUGGCGAAAGACCAGAAGAUGGCCGUAAGUUACUAUCAGGUUGCCGCCCGACUGGGCGAUCCCGAUGCCCAGCAGGAGCUCGGAUACUGCUUGGCAAACGGCAAAGGUUGCAAGAAAGACCGCAAGGAAGCAGCGAAAUGGUAUCGUGCAGCGGUCGCGCAAGGCGCGAGUGACGUUGGGAUGGCAUGGAUAUACAAGGAGAAAUUCCAAUGAAUGGUUUCUAGCGAACUUCCGAUUGCUUCCAUUUCCCUCCGGGGUGUUUUUGCGCGUAUUUGGGACUUCAUAUUAAAUCGCCGCGUGUUUUAUGAUACAAGUGAUGAUACCAGGGACCAAGCCCUCUCCCCCGACUUCGCGAAUGUGACAUCCCAUGAAAGUAAACCGAUAAAACCCGACAUAAGAGGCCAAAAUUCCAUCAAGGACCUCGCGCCUGGGGCGUCGCAUUCUACCGUCCUCCACCAGGUAGUGGGCACGCUUCAUGCAUACAACGAGGAGUCCCCGCGCCCCACCUUCUCACCACCAGAAGGAGGCCAUUGGCCCUGUACCUCCGCCUUCACCACAAGCCGCCAGGGUAUCAUCACCUGCCCGACGAACCGACCGUCAGGGUUCUCUGUCGGUCCCAGGCGAAAUUCGCUGGUGGAGAUCAAGAUGAUGUUCAGGUCCUUGUCGGUGCCGGCGAAGGUGCCCAUAAAGACGCGAUCAUCGUUGAUGGUGA